GAAGAAAGGAAAGAGAGAUGGCUGUGAAGAUCGCAAUGCUGGUGCUCGUGUCUUACAUGUUAGUCUCCAUGGCCGCGGCGGCUACAUGCAGCAACAACUACUCGGCGCUGCUACCGUGUGCCGCCGCGACGCGCAGCGCUACGGCGACACCCUCGGCGGCGUGCUGCAAGGUGGUGGAGGGAUUCAAGAGCAAUCCGGCGUGCCUGUGCAGCACCAUCGCCGCAGCAAGGGCCGCGGGAUACAGCAUCAACGAGCACAACGCAGAGAGCAUCCCGACGCGCUGCAAGCUGCACGGAUACACCCCGUGCAGCAAGAAGAACUAACUAGGCUUCUCGCUUUCUCGGAUCUUCCAUGUCGAGAGGAUGAGCUAUUCGUAGAUUAUAGAGAGAAUAAAGAUGAAUAAGAUGGCUUACCAAGGACUAACCCUGAACCUAAUUAACAUGAAGGAACGAAAAGCUACCAAGCGCUUUGUGGAUUACCAGGCGCUGCUCAAGGUACUGUGGUCUACUCUU